AUGUCUACUUUAGCAAAUUCAUUCCCGGACAACAAGUCCACUGCGAUUAUCGUUCCCGGCAAACCACCGGUAUUAAUAUCAUAUCAGCGACUGUGUUCCGACGUCCUGUCAUUCCAAGCGAGACUUGCCAACCUGGGGAUUUUGCCAGGGGCAGCUGUUUCUAUAGCGCUGACCAAUUCCUACGAGUUCAUCGUCUCCUUCCUCGCCGUCUCAUUGCAGAGAGCAAUUGCAGCGCCUCUGAAUCCAGCAUACAAGCAGGAUGAGUUCGAAUUCUACAUUGAUGACCUGAGUUCUGCAUUGGCGCUUGUCCCUAAGGGCUCUUUGGAAAAUGAUGUAUCCGCUGUCCGUGCUGCUAGAAAAUAUUCUGCUGCCAUCGCUGAAUGCUAUUGGAAUGGAGAGGAGGUGGUUUUGGACGUGAAGGAGAUUGGGAAAUUGGCUGCAAAGGGUGGUGUUAAGAGGGAGGAGCCUCAGCCUGAUGACAUCGCCUUGGUGCUCCACACAUCUGGGACUACUGGCAGGCCGAAAGCUGUACCCUUGACCCACCGGAAUCUUAUAAGGACCAUGAAAAAUAUCAAAGAAACAUACAAACUCACGGAGAAGGACCGGACGCUGCUUGUGAUGCCUCUAUUCCAUGUUCAUGGCUUGCUAGCAGCAUUCCUUGCACCCCUGCUCUCGGGAGGCUCUGUCAUCGUUCCCGAAAAAUUCUCAGCUUCGUCAUUCUGGUCUGAAUUUAUUACGUACAAGGCAAACUGGUACACCGCAGUACCUACUAUUCACCAGAUCCUCCUAAAGACUCCUCUCCCUAAUCCUAUGCCGAAAAUUCGAUUCAUUCGCUCCUGCUCCUCCCCAUUGUCCCCCAAAACUUUUCAUGAAUUGGAGAAAACUUUCCAUGCCCCAGUUCUGGAGGCUUAUGCAAUGACAGAAGCAGCGCACCAGAUGACGAGCAAUCCCCUGCCUCCAGGGAAACGACAACCAGGAACAGUAGGUAUAGGCCAGGGCGUGGAGGUUAAAAUCCUCGACCAGGACGGAAAUGAAGUUCCUCAGGGUUCUGAAGGGGAAAUCUGUGUUCGUGGAGAGAAUGUCACCAAGGGAUACCUCAAUAACCCUGCAGCAAACGACUCAUCCUUCACGAAAUCUGGCUUCUUCCGCACAGGCGACCAGGGAAAGAAAGACAAGGAUGGUUAUGUCUUCAUUACGGGGCGUAUUAAGGAGCUAAUCAAUAAGGGGGGUGAGAAAAUCAGCCCUAUUGAGCUUGAUAACAUAAUUGCGCAUAACCCCAAUGUGGCGGAAGCAGUAUCUUUUGCUAUUCCAGACGCCCACUAUGGUGAAGACAUAGGGGUAGCAGUUGUCUUGAAACAAAAAGGAAGUAUGUCGGAAGACAACCUGAAAUCAUGGAUUGCUCCAAAGGUUGCCAAGUUCAAGAUUCCGAAGAAGAUAUGGAUUCUCCCCGAAAUCCCUAAAACAGCAACUGGUAAAAUACAGCGGCGCAAAGUUGCUGAAGCGAUAUUAAAGAGGGAGUCCCCCAGUCCAAAACUGUAA